AAGAAUUUCCUCCCCGUCUCGUUUGUUUUAAUGCUCUCUGCGGAACAAAUUACACCAACACAGAGGAGAACCGAGCUCAGACGGAGAAAUGGUGACUGAUACUGUACUACUGCUACUCUUUUUCCUUUCACACAAAUUAAAAUCUUGCUUUCCACGGGCAUAGAGUGGAACUCUGAUACCUGUCACACAUUACGAGGCCAGCUCCUACUCAGAAUCCACUGUUGCAGAUUCCUCCCUCCCGCCCCCUCCCUGUCUUUCUUCCCCAUUUGGCUUUUUCUCUUUACAACUUCUCUUUCAUCAUUUCGUUUCUUCUCGCUCUGCAUACCUUUGUUUCCAACCUGAAAAGAGAAUACAUUUCAGAUACCCACUUCGUUUUCCUCAUCGGAUUCAGGUUUCUAUUUGAGGGGAAGAUUUUGUGAAUCCCCAACUACUGUUAUAACAACACAACACGAGGAUUUAUAAGGGAACGUGAGGUUGCUGUCCUUUUUUUUUUUCUUCUGGGUCUUGUUGGGAUUCUGAAUAGACGAAGGUUUCUCCAACUGGGUUUUCCGUGGAGAACUCUGCUGGUUUUUCAGCGAGACAAAGGGUUGCUCUGUUCCUUCUAGAGAGAGAAAAAAAGAAAAAAAAAAAACUAGGGUUUGAACAAGUAACAAGUUUUUUUGAGAGUGUUGGUUCUUACAGCACAGCAGAAAACGCGUGAAGGUAAUUGUUUCCUACUGGGUGGCAAUGGAGUUUUGAGAAGAAUGGAGUUCGUUUCUUGAAGUGGACUUUCCGUUUCUUUAGCGCGAAAUGGGUUGUGCUAUCUCUAGAGCUGAAAAGGACGAAGCUCUGCGUCUCUGCAAGGAGAGAAAGAGAUUCAUCAAACAAGCAAUCGAUUCAAGGUAUGCUCUUGCUGUUGCUCAUCUCUGUUAUGUUCAAUCUCUCCGAAACAUUGGUGUUGCUCUUCGUCGAUUUGCCGAGACAGAGGUAUUGGCGGAAUCGUCUCUGUCGACCUCUGCAACAGAGCUGGACAAAUCCCCUUCUCACUUCUCAUAUCCCUCGCCAUCUCCUUCUCAUAAUGCUGAGGCAACUGGUUCGCCGAUGCACAACGAAAGCCCCCUUUCACCUCCACCCUCCAACUUGAGUUACAUGAGAUCAGGAGGAACUGCUGCAGUCACUGUCACUAUCAACCCAUCUUUUAAUAAUACUAGUUUUGUAGACGAUGAAUCUUCGGCAUUUCCUCUACCACCACCACCACCACCUCCUGAGACGGACUCAUCAUGGGACUUCUUCGAUCCUUCUGAUGAGAUGCAGAGCUUCAGGUUCAUGGAGGAUAAUGGGUUCGAUUUUGUGAACGGGUUAAGGCAGUUUAGGGAAGACGAGAUCGUUCCGUUUUCAGAAGAGUCAGGGAAGAAACAGACAAAGAUUGGUUUAAGAAGGAAUACAUUUGCAGGAUCCCUACAGCUAGAAUGUGAACAGAGGCCUGGUCAAAGUUCUGGCAAUUCAGCAAUUGAAAGUAAAGGUAGUGGAGGAUUGGCAAUCACUAAUGGACAUUCUUUAAAUGCUACUAUCUUGGAGAAAAAUACACCUGUUUACGAAACUAAGCUACAUAAGCCCGACUAUAAUGCAAAUGGUCCAGCAGAAACUUUGUCCAGCAGUGCUGUUUUGGAGAAGUCCAUUUCACAGAGGGAGAAGACAGGAUCACAGAAAGAUUUCUGUGAAGAAAGGGAAGAUCCUUCUGAGUUCAUCACUCACAGGGCUAAAGAUUUUCUCUCUAGCAUAAAGGAUAUUGAGCAUCGAUUCUUCAGAGCCUCUGAAUCUGGAAAAGAGGUUUCAAGAAUGCUUGAGGCAAAUAAAAUCCGCCUCAACUUUUCUGAGAGUAGAGAUCUACAACAAAUGACAAAGAUAAUUACCUGGAACCGCUCAACAUCUUCAAGAUCUUCUUCAUCCAAGAAUCCUCUUGCAACAAUGUCAAAGGAUGACAUUGAUGACAGCGGGAGUGAUUUUGUAGAAGAGUUUUGCAUGAUUGCAGGCAGUCAUUCCUCCACUUUAGACAGACUAUAUGCAUGGGAGAGAAAACUCUAUGAUGAAAUUAAGGCUAGUGAAUCCAUCAGGAAGGAGUAUGAUCAGAAAUGUGACCAGCUCAGGCACCAAUUUGCCAAGGAUGUGAACCCUAAAGUAAUGGACAAAACUCGAGCAGUUAUAAAGGAUCUCCAUUCACGAAUAGGAGUAGCAAUUCAUGCUGUUGAUUCAAUAUCAAAGCGAAUCGAGAAAUUGAGGGAUGAGGAAUUGCAACCGCAGCUUGUUGAACUGAUACAAGGAUUGAUCCGUAUGUGGAAGGCCAUGCUUGAAUGCCAUCAUGCACAAUACAUCACCAUCUCAUUAGCAUACCAUGCCAAGGGCUCUACAGCGGGACCUCCUCAGGGCGAGUCUUACAGGCAGGUUUUGGCUCAGCUCCAGCAUGAGGUUGAAUGCUUUGGCUCAAGCUUUGCAGAUUGGAAUAGUGCUCAGAGAUCAUACGUGGAAGCUCUAAAUGGUUGGCUCCAAAACUGUAUCAGACUGCCCCAAGAACGCUCCAAAGGAAGGAGGGCAUUCUGCCCUCGCAGGGCCCUUGCCCCUCCUAUUUUUGUUCUCUGUCUUGAAUGGUUGGCUGGGAUCAAAGCCUUGCCAUCUGAGGAGCUUGCUGGUGCCAUCAAAACCUUCGCAUCUGAUCUGCACAGUUCCAUGGGACAGAAGGUAGAGGAACAACAGAAAAAACAAGGACCCUCAGAAUUGGACGAUAAUGGAGAAUCAGGGACCAAAGAUGAAACGGAUGAGAAGUGCUCAAACCUCAGCAGCAUAUGUAAAAGCUUGACGAGGGUACUUCAUCAGCUAACCAAGUUUGCUGAGGCUUCUGUAAAAACGUAUGAAGAUAUCCGACAGGGAAGUGAGAGUGCUCGGCUUGCUUACAUAAAUGGCAGGACUACUUAGAUUGUGAGGAGAUUGUAAUAAACCAUAUAAGCUGAAAACCUCUAAGAAGUGAGAAGCUAAAUAAAAGCCUUCGAUUUUUCUUGCAGAUUGAGGGAGUAGAUUAAAAAAAUAGUGUGAAGCUGUAAAAUGUUGACUAAUAGAGGCCCUCUGCUGGGCGGUUCCAAUUUGUACCUUUUUUUUCCCUUCUCAACGGUCAAUUGGUCAAUACUCCAAAAUUUACCAUUUUCUAGUAUUAUUCAUUGACUAAUAUGAUAUCUUUAUUUAUUUGA